AUGCCACCCUUACCUGGAGAAGAGCGUGCACUGACGCUAUUUGCGGACGUUCACUAUUAUUUCUCGCCACCGUCUCCGCGGCCUUUGCUCCACCGAUUUGAUAAAGGAUCCUACCUUUACAUAUACCACGAUGCGGCGCAGCGCAAGGCGCGAAUCGAAAUCGCAAAUAACCCAGGCUUUCCUGAACAAGAUGCUUUCGCCGGCUCUUUGGGGACCGCCCUGUUGCGAAAUUCAGAUACAUUCCCGACGCUUUUCACCCUGACGGUUAACGCCCAGCGCCCGAGCAUAUCGGGGGAGCUACCGAACCAAGCUGAGCAUGAAUGGUCACUGGCCAGCGGACACCCGCAAGAUACUAGCGGCGCCCUCCAUCAACUCCAUACAUUGGAUAUAUACUUCUGGACCACAGAGGAUGCACGGCUCUUCCUUUCGACAGUGCAGCGAAUCUUGCAGCCGACCCAACUUGAUAUUAUUGCGACUCAGCCGGCAAUGCAUGCAGCACCCGUAAGCACCGUUGUGCAGCAAUUGGAGCAAGUCGCCAUCUCUAAUCCGGGGUACCACAACAAUUACGCGGGUGAGAUAUCGCCAACUGGAUCCGCAAAUCUUCCUCCACCUCCCGCCGGUGGUCCUCCAAAACAACCUACGGCUAUUAGUCAGCCCUCGAUGGGGUCCGCGAAGCCCUUAGAUAGACCUGAGGGGCAGCCUCCCACUCAAGCCCAGGAGGAGAAGGCAGAGCUCUAUACCCCUCUCGCCUACAAUCCUGCAGCUCCCGCUGCACCGGAGCCAAUCAAACACCGCGAGAAAACUCCUCCGCCAUCGGAUUCCGCAUCCGGAACGGGGCUGGCGGCUGCGGCCGCUAAGGAGCAAGGCAUGCCUUUUACGCAGUCCGCGUCGAUCGGACUCUCCCAGGGAAGCCAUAACCAAAUGCAAGGGUAUAAUCAGCAGACAUCUGUCUCUUCGCCGCCUCCUCACGGGGGUAGUCUCUCAUUUGGACCAACCGCUGGACCACCCUCAACAGGCCACUCGGCGACCCUCAGCUACCCACCACACCCUCCAGCCCAAGAACCCACCACGGGAGUGUACCGGCAACAGAGCUUUGGACCACCCCCGGGCGGCGAAUACAACCAAUUCCAGCAACAGCAGCAACCAGCCGUGACUGCCUACAAUCAGCAACAACCUUAUGGUCAGCCGUAUCAACCCCAAGCUUCGCAGCCUCAGCCCCCGCUUGGGGGAUACUCGGAUUAUUCAUAUAGCCAGACCCAACGGCCCAUGGCCAACCAAUACGACGUGCAUAACCAGGUAUACAGACCCACCGAAGGCGAACACACGUACCAUCAAAGGCACGGAUCGGGAAGCCUGGCUCCGUCAGGUGAUAGGAAGCCUAGCAAAAUUGCCGAGAACGCGAUGCGUGUUGAGAAAGGGGUUAAUAGGCUUUUCAAGAAAUUGGAAAAGAAGCUGUGA